AUGAAAUCUAGAAGCCGCUCACGUAGUCGUAGCAAACGGGACAAAAAAGCAACCGCACGUAGGUCUAGUUCGCGAUCCAGCUCAUCAAGCAGCGACAACAGUGGUAGCCGUAGUAGCAGCACCAGCAGCUACAGUAACGAUAGCAGAGAUCGUAACAGUGGAAAUGGCAGAGUGCAACGCAGCCACAGUCAUGACGAUAAACGGAGAAAUGCAGGAAAGCCUUCCGAUCGAAGACGUUCUCCUUCCCCGAAACGAACGGAUAAGUCCAGAGAUCGCCGCGAGGCACCAUCGAUGAGGACUCGUCAUGAUGAUAGAAGGCGGGAAUCGAGAACGCCGGAGAUGAAGCGCAAGCGAGGUGAUUCUCGAUCGCCUCGGAGGAACCGAGAAGACGAUCAACAAAACCGCCGAUCUUACAGUCCGCGUGAUAGAAGAAGGGCGCCAUCCAGGGAUGGCAGAAAUAGAACAAACGACGCCAGAAAUCGUCCGAAUGACGAUACACGCAAGUACAACACAGGAGAGGAAUAUCGGCGUCAUCGAUCUCGUAGUCCACGUGCACGAAGAGAUCGUUCCGAAGAUCGAUCGGAUCGUCGGGACGAUGAGCGAAUGCAUCGGAGCAACGAUAGGCAGAAUAACUACCAGCGCCCUGAAAAUACUCGACGCCAGUCGCGUAGUCCGCAUGCAUGGAGGGAUCACUCUAAACCCGACCGAAGAGAUCGGCCAGAUGAUGAUGACCACCGUGGCGAACGGCACGACUAUGGGGACCGCGUACAGCAAAACCGUUGGAUGCACGACAUGUACGAUGCUCAUGCAUCGCAGCGAAAUGCCGACCGAAGCUACCGAAAAUCGAACCGCGAUAUGAUGGACGACGAUUUCAUGCAGUCGCGCCGAUUACAACGAGAAAUAAUCGGAACCGAAGGUGCACCUGAAGCGUGGGGUGACUCUCCGUCGGAGGGCAGCAGCUCGGAUGAAGAGCUCCAGCAGCACAAGAGCUCUUCGAAGCACAAAAAAGCAAAAGCAAAGGGAAAGAAGAAGAAAAAAUCCUCCAAGCGUCGAACAGAAAAGGACAAAAAGAAGAAAAAAUCAUCGAAAAAAAAUAAAAAGUCAAAGGACACAAAAAAGAAGAAGAACAAGAAGAAACAGAAAGCCAAAAAAGUCGAAUCGUCGAGUUCUUCCGAUCCUUCUUCAUCCUCCUCGGACUCAUCAUCCUCUGGUGAAGAGCAAGAGGUUUGGAUAGAGAAGUCGGAAGCCAUGGCCAGGACGGCUGGAAAGGACUUGGAACCGCAUCCUGGCGGCUCAAGGGCCCGCUCCGUCGACGAAGAAGGAGACAAUGUCGUGGGACCUGUAAAGACGAGUGGUAAUCUUAACCAGAAAGAUUUCGGCCGAGCCCUCCUGCCGGGUGAAGGUGCGGCCAUGGCUGCCUACGUGACGGAGGGUAAACGGAUACCGCGGCGAGGUGAAAUCGGGCUUACUUCCGACGAAAUCGCAAACUUCGAACAGGUCGGGUACGUGAUGAGCGGCAGCAGGCACAGGCGCAUGGAAGCGGUACGUAUUCGUAAGGAAAAUCAGAUCUACUCGGCGGAUGAGAAGCGAGCCUUAGCCAUGUUCAGUAAGGAGGAGCGACAGAAGCGCGAAAACAAGAUCUUGACCCAGUUCAAGGAGAUGAUCAGCGCAAAGCUAUCGGAAAACAAAAAGUAAACAAGUCUCAGAACCACUAGCAAGUCUUACAGCUUAAUAAAUCAAUAUUAGUUUUAU